UUAGCACCCGUACCCCGGGGCGGCCGCCGGCUUCGCGGACCCUUUUCUCUGCGGGUCGUGUUUCCGAGCCGAGCACGCGCAGACGGACUCAUUGCGCCGGAAAGGCUGAGACUCCUCAAGAAGGAUGGCCGGGGAAAGCGUCUCGGUACCUCGUCUCGAGGGCGUCUCUGCAGAGAACUUUAGGCAGCACCUUUACCCACAGAGAAAGCCUCUUGUGUUGAAAGGACUUGAUCUGGGGCCAUGUACGAGCAAAUGGACAGUGGAUUACCUGAGCCACGUUGGCGGGACCAGAGAAGUGAAGAUUCACGUGGCCGCAGUUGCACAGAUGGACUUCAUUAGUAAGAACUUUGUAUAUAGAACUUUACCUUUUAACAAGUUGGUCCAAAGGGCAGCUGAAGAAAAGCAUGAAGAAUUCUUUCUUUCAGAGGAUGAGAAAUACUACUUACGGUCACUUGGAGAAGACCCUAGAAAGGAUGUUGCAGAUAUCAGAAAGCAGUUUCCUUUGUUAGAAGGAGAUAUUAAGUUUCCAAAAUUCUUCAAGGAGGAGCAAUUCUUCUCUAGUGUCUUCCGAAUUAGUUCACCUGGAUUACAGCUUUGGACUCACUAUGAUGUGAUGGAUAACUUCUUAAUACAAGUGACAGGAAAAAAGCGUGUUGCACUGUUCAGCCCUCGUGAUGCCCAGUAUUUAUAUUUGUCAGGUUCUAAAUCAGAAGUGCUGAAUAUCGAUAGUCCAGACUUGGCUAAAUAUCCACUAUUCUGCAAGGCAAGAAGGCAUGAAUGUUCCCUUGAAGCCGGUGACGUGUUAUUUAUUCCUGCUCUAUGGUUCCACAAUGUAAUUUCUGAAGAAUUUGGAGUGGGAGUGAAUAUCUUUUGGAAGCACCUUCCAUCUGAAUGCUAUGACAAAACAGAUACCUAUGGAAACAAAGAUCUGAUAGCAGCAUCGCGAGCUGCACAGAUUCUGGACAGAGCCCUGAAAGCGCUGGCUGAGUUGCCAGAGGAAUACAGGGACUUCUAUGCACGGCGGAUGGUCUUACACAUUCAAGACAAAGCCUACAGCACAAACUUUGAGUAAAUAAGGAAGUGAAUUCAGUGAAUAUAAACCUUGUAAUAAAAUUUAGUUCAAAUAGUGGAAGAGAAUAACAGGAUGUAAAUUGAUUUUUAAAAGAUUGAUGCUUUAAAACAGUCUGAGAUUUACAGAUUAAAUAGGCAUGCAGGUGGGUGUUUGUGUGGUUUCUGCUCCCUGCAGAUUAAGAAUUAAAGAAUGCUAUGCUGGGACCAGUUAGUCUUAAGAUGCAAAUAACAAAAUUCAAUUUAAAAUGACUUAAACAAUAAAAUACAUUGAACCACAGUCUACAAAGUCUGCUGGUUGAGUGGGCUUCAGUGUUUUUCAAUCCUGUGGCUCAGUAACGUCACCAGAAACUUGGGGUUUUACCCAUUCUUCCCCACAGCUUUGGCAUCCAAGGCCAGCUGCCCUCGUGGUCAUGGAUGGUGGCCAGUAGCAGUCCGGGCCUUGCACCUCUUCAUUUGCAUGCAGCACAAGAGCCUGGCUGUGUUCCAGGGCCCUGGCUUGCUAUGAGAACACUUUCCCAGGAUUGCUACCAAAUCUUCAGGACCCGUUGCUGUCAAGGGUUAGACAUGCCAGCCCUGAGCCGGGCAUUGGCAGAGGGUCUGAAAUGCCCCAAGGCCAGUCAGGCCUGUGGGUACUGGGGCACUAGGAGUGAAUGCCUGUCUUGAGACACAUGAGUAGAGCAGAGGGCAGAGUGGGUUUUAAAAUCAGGGUUCUGACAGCAAAGGAAAAAGUGUGGGCAACUAAGUCUUGUUGCCUCCACUUGCCUGUAAUCAAUCUUUUGAGGCAGGUUUAAAGAACGCAGAUGCCAGGUCCAAUCAUGUAGACUAAGAGUAGGUGCCGGUUUUGGUAUAAGCAUCUAACACCUCCCAGAAUGGGUGCAGUCAGGACUGAGAAUCACUGGAUGGUAGUGAUUUGUUUGGUUAGUUUUGUGAUUUGUCCAAAGCAAAUGUUUGCUCUGUCCUGGUUUUUCCUGCUACUCAAGAUGUCAGGUCUACUGCUAUUAGAAAAUAAGUCAAUUGUAGUAUAUAUACCCACGUCUAAAUUGUAGCCUAGUCUUCCCCAUGAAAUACUUUAUCAUCUAUUCCCUUUUAAAAUGAAUUUUAGGUUUAAGAAAGAAUGAGAGAAAAAAAUGAGAGCCUAAUAAACUUGUCUUGAAGAUAG